CACACACACAUGCACUAACACACACACACAUUCCCCACCUCUCUGCAGCUGUGCUGGAGAGCUGCAGCAGACCCUGUGGGUUUCCAGUUCAUCUGUCGCUGUCUGGAUAGCCUCAUUAAAGAAGGACAAGCGUGCAUGUCACAUACGAGUGUGCAUGCUGCUGCUGAGCAAGAGAAGAGUGGUUGUGCAUGUCUUUUUGCCACAGGAGCACCCAUUAUUCAGAGCCAGCCUGAGUGGGCAGAGCAGAGAAAGAGAACGGCGAGGGAAAGAAAGAAGAGGAAAAAAGAGCAAGAGGAGAGCAAGGAAAGCUGGUGUACGGUGCUGGAUUCAGUCGUGAGACCCUCCUCCACCAUGGCUGCUGCAUAGGAAUCCAUCACCACGGCAGCCGUGUGUAUGAGGUGUGAGACGUAGGAGAGAAAGCAUCAUCUGUACAGAGAAAGAGGAGAAGCGAUACAAUAUGGCAGCUGAGGAAAAGCCUGGUGUUAAGAGCAGUACCUCCAUUGUGCCAUGCUUCCUUUUUGUGGAGCUGGUGAUCAUGGCAGGAACGGUUCUCCUGGCGUACUACUUUGAGUACACGGACACCUUCCCUGUGCAUAUCCAAGGUUUCUUCUGCUACGACAAGACGUUUUCCAAGCCUUACCCAGGUCCGGAGGAGAGCAGCAAAGUGCCGCCUGUGCUCGUGUACUCGCUGGUUACUGCUAUCCCUACCAUAACGAUUCUGGCUGGAGAGUUGAUGGCAUUCUUCAUGAAAUCAGAGGGAACACAAGAGAAGACUAUUGUUACGGCAGACUGCUGCUACUUCAGUCCUUUGCUGAGACGCAUCAUACGCUUCCUAGGUGUCUACUCCUUUGGCCUCUUCACAACCACUAUCUUUGCCAAUGCUGGACAGGUGGUCACAGGAAACCAGACACCUCACUUUUUGUCAGCAUGUAAGCCUAACUACACAGCUCUGGGCUGCCACUCCAAUCUCCAGUACAUCACAGAGCGUCGAGCUUGCACAGGCAACCCACUCAUAGUGGCAUCUGCCCGUAAAUCCUUCCCUUCAAAGGAUGCAGCUCUGAGCGUCUACUCUGCUGUCUACACCGUUAUGUACGUGACACUGGUGUUCAGGACAAAGGGAACACGUCUGACAAAGCCGACAGUCAGUCUGACCCUGCUGUGUCUGGCCAUGCUGGUAGGAGUAGUGAGAGUGGCUGAGUACCGCAAUCACUGGGCAGACGUACUUGCUGGCUACUUCACUGGAGGAGCCAUCGCUGUGUUUUUGGUGACCUGCGUGAUCAACAACUUCCAGCAUGCGAAGCCCUCUCCUCCACCUAUGCGAACCCAACGUCCAGAAUCCAUGCUGGGCAUGCCCAUGGUGGCUCUGCCUUGUGUGGAGAGUCCACUCGAAAAGUUAAGUGGCACUCAGACUCCAAGGGGAUCUCCAUUCACUGAGAUCACAUGACCAUCAGCCCUAUCGGUUCCCCGCCACCCCCGAUGUCCUCAUACCGUCUCGCUCCAUUUCCAGCGAAGUCUAGACCAGCCAUCUGAGCAAUGCACUGCAGCCCACACCACUGGACGUUACACCACCCUCUACCGCUCCUACUCGACGCAGGUCUAGACAUUGUCCUCCUUGCUUCACUCUUCAUCUCCAUGCCCCCUCCAUGCUGCCCUCAGGUCUCCAGCACACUUCUCAAACAAACGAGUGGUGACUUUUUUUGCUUCUGAAAGCUCAGCUAUGGAGACUUGUCCAGGAGUCUGAAAUGUUUUAGCAUAAUUUCCAAUGUUCAGGCUUGACAUCGACAAGAUCUUUAAGUUUGUUACAGUUUGCUUGAGCAGUGCGUAGUAGCCUUUGGAUCACCUAAUGACAUUUGGCCCUAAAUCCAUCCAACCUAUUCCCAGGGGAACCGAUAUGGAGUCCAUAAACUGGACUCCUGAGUACAAAACAAAAAAAAAAGACUAGAAGUCCUGUGUCUGAUAGGCCUCUUUUUUGUUUCUUUAUUGUGUGUUUUUAAAGAGGCAUGUUCAAAUAGUGUUUUAUGUAUAACAUUCAAUGUAAAUAAUGUAUUUAAGGUUUGGAUUUCAACAACCGUGCCAGCAAAUCCAACUGAAAUCUGAAAAUGAUUACCCAGUGUCUUUCUAGUUCACCAGUGUGUAUAUCGUGAAAAACUGAACCCUAUUCAGGUGGACAGAACAUUUUUUGUUUACCUAUUUACAUUUGGAAAAUCAAUAUCUUGGUUCAGCUCUUGCAACAAUUUUUGAAUCAGUGCCCAUGUUCUUUCCCUCAUCAAUAAUAGGCAGCUUAAAAGGGUACAUUCAACACUAUCAUAAUUGACAAACCUCAGCAUCUGCACAGCCAUCUCCUCUGUCACAGUAAAUAUUCAAUGCUUGGUUCUUUUCCGAGGAUUUUCCCACCAGUCACCAGAGUGUGGCAGAUUUAGCUUGUUAACAGCGAUGACACCAUUCUGACGCAAUGGCAUUUUCAUCACCCUCGUUCCCGGGAAGAGCUUGUCUCAGACACAACAGUGCUCUGUCAGAUUCAACACCCACCACAGUUUUCAGAGUUCAAAGCCAACACAUGUCUGUUUCUCAAAAAAGCCCAAACCCAGGACCAACAAGGCAUUUGUGUCAGUUCAAUUUGCUGUGGUUAAAAUGCCUUGAGCUGUCACUCACACAUAAGAAGAUGUGCAGGGUUUUUUUUAUUUAUUUAUUUUUUUACAUUUAAUUCCAAUUCUCCUUCUAGCUUGUUCACACUGGGAUGCCCUGGUCUGAAAGAGGUUGAUGUGGAAUGAACAUUACUGCAGCUGGCUAGCACAAUUUCCCAGCAUUCCUACUUUAAGCGGAUGUUUAUGACAGCUUCGGAUAAUUACUGAGUUGGUUUCUUUUGUUUUCUGUAAAUUACGUGUUAUGAACAGCACUAGUUUUCACUUAGAGUGACAGUUUUGCUGCUUUUAAUUUGCACAAUGCUUUAUGCACCUGUAUUUCUGUAUUUCCCUGAAAUACCUUUGUAUCUGCUCUCUUUUUGGCUACGUACAUUUUCUUCACUGUGCUGUGUAAGGUAACAUAUAUGCUGGCCCAACACUAUCUCCAUGCUUACAGACACAACCACACACACUUUGCACACUUUGUCAAACCUUUAUUCUAAUACUUUAUCCAACUGUCCUCCUUUCUUACAUAUAAUGAUUGUACAGUUUUGUAAAUAUGUCUUUUUGGUAAGAAAAAAAAAAUGAGAGAAAGAAGAAAUUUGUGUGUGUUUACACUGGCACCUAUGUGCACCCAUAGUUGUUACUGUAGUAUUCUAGUUAGCGUUUGAGCCAUGGAACUAAUCAUCAUCUGUAUUUUGGGAAAUAAAAAUGGAACUGAUCAGUUUAUAGGGUGUUUGGAAGGUGAAGCCAUUUCCAAAGCCUAUGUAUAUGGUAGCACCUGACCAAUAACCUGUGAAGUACAAUUAACUUAAAUAUUAAUCUGGAAGAAAGGGGUAAGAUGAGCCAUUUUUACUCGUUUAUUUUGAGAAAUGAAUCGCUAAAGAUUAAUGGAUGUUUUUUUAGUUACCUAAAAUACAUUCUAUGGAUACACAGUUCACUUUUUUGUAUGGUUUAACCCAGGUAAGAGGUAACAUGAGCCAGUGAGUGGGUAAGAUGUUAAAUUUCUGUACUUAACAAGGAGUAAUAGUGUUACUGGUGCUUUUCUGCUCUUGGUGCUGUUAGCUCCCCCUUGUGGAGAAUGUUAGCCUACAAUAUUCAAACUACAUCCUAUACAGUAUAUUCUCUACAAAUCCAGGAUGCACAAAGCAAAUUACACAUAUGUUAAAAGGGCAUAAUUUACAUUGAAUCCAUAAUUGUAUGUGUAAUAAAGCACCAAUCUGUAUCUUCAUUUUUACCACAUAGCACUUAACAACCAAACAGAGUCAAAGAAGAAUUGUAAAAUGUAAAGGUUUCAUAGUGUGAUAUCAUACUACUCCUUAACCCAUCUUUUAAUUUAAAACCUAUUCAUCAUUCAAACAAAUAAGUCGCGUAGAAUACAAAUAAUGCAUUGUGUAGAGUGUCAGUGAAUCAUUUGGCCCCAAGCUUGACAGAUCAUCUUAUUAUCAACAUUCUGACUAAAACUGCUUUAAACAGCAGGAUAGGGCUAACUUGCUUUUUCAACUUGCCAAGGUGUUUCUUUCACAUCACAGGUUUUAUAUAGAAGCAACAAUUAUUUAUUUGAAAAAUAACACUCUUAUGAUUUUAUUCCAUUUCAGUGGCAAGGCAAAAUCCCAUUUUGGACAUAAAUCACCUGCUACAUUCUCCAUGUACUCCUUUGUAUUUUGAGUGGCUCAUCUUACCCAUUGACUCAACUGCAUUUCUAAGGCUUAUUGGAUGAACAUACAUAAAUACCUGACAUCUAACAUUUAAUCACAAUAAGAAUAAAAAAAAAAUACUGUCACUAUGAUGAGAAUCAAAGCUGAUAACGUUUGUGAUUUUUUUGACCAGAAUUUGAUAUGCAGUCAAGAAGACACUUAAUAUUGGAAGUGAUUUUGUGCCACAAUUUUGUACUGGUUUUGAGAAUCUGAAGAAGCUGUGCAUGGGACUUUCUCUGAAUAAUGUGGAUCAGGUGCGAUUUCAAGGUUUGCUAAGGUGUUCUGGAAGGUUUCAUGUUCACACUCUUACAAUGUGUUCACCAUUUUGUAUAUGUCUGUCUGAAGAGAACAAUAAAUGGAUAUUUCAAUACACUGG